CUUCACACUUCACAUUUCACACUUCACAUUUCACACUUCACACUACAUUUUUGCAACUGUAUUGCAUUCUACUGCAAGGAAUUAAAAAUUACAAUUUAGACACAAUGUGUGGCAGGACAGCCCAAGGCCUGGCUCCCGCUCAAAUCCGACAAGAACUUGACAAGACCUUACCAAGCAAGCCAGCUGACUCAUGGAUAGGGGAAGACAAGUACCGCACUUCGUAUAAUGUAGCGCCAACUCGUUAUCAGCCCGUGGUCCGCGCAGACCCUAAAACUAACUCAUAUGUCGUGCACUUGAUGCGAUGGGGAUUGAUUCCGAGAAAUACAAAGUCUAUGCCAGAUUAUAGUUCAGUUCUCAAGUCCAUUAAUGCGCGGGAUGAUUCCUUAUCCAUGGGACCUACAGGCAAACCCAUGUUUAGCCACUCAAAGAAUCAGAAGAGGUGCAUUCUACUUGCAGAAGGCUUCUACGAAUGGCGAAGGCGUGGAAAAGAGCGAGUGCCAUUUUUUACCAAGCGAAGAGAUGGAAAGCUGAUGCUUAUGGCUGCCAUUUAUGAUGUCGCGCAGAUUCAAGGAUACGAAGAGCCUCUUUAUACAUAUGCAACCAUUACUACCAGAGCUUCUCCACAACUUGACUGGCUUCAUGAUCGCAUGCCCGUCUUGAUUCCCAAUGAUGGUCUUGAAAAGAUCCGUAUGUGGUUAGAUCCUAACUUACCUUGGAACUCAACUCUGGAAGCGAUGCUAAAGCCCUGCGAUGAAUUUAUACAAAUCGAGGAUGCCAAUGGAAACGGAGGAGCACAAAGUAUCUAUGUCUUGGAAACAUACCAAGUAGAUGAAAAAGUUAACAGUGUGAAGAAUGACUCGCCGGAUUUUGCAAAGCCAUGGAACUCAAGCUCCAAUGAGAAGACAUUGAAUCGAUUUCUUGUCCCUAAGACAGCACUCGGUGACGCUCCACCAGAGCAUAUAUCUUCAACCAAAAUCGCCAAACAAGAGAGUGAGCCUGAAAAUAACCAGCAAACUGGAAAGUUGGAGCAGAAGGAAAAUAUUAGUCAGCGUAAUGAUUCAAUGAAACAAGAAGAGAUAGAGGGAGAACAGUCGAAAGCAUGA